AUGACUAAUUCAGCACUUUUAUGGAAUAAGAGUUUAUCACCAAGUGUACUUUAUUUAACAGAUGAUGAUUUUUAUGAUUUUAUAAAGAAACAAUUAGGUUAUCAUCAAUCACGUUUACUUGAAAUUCAAAAAAUUAGUUGCACGUCUGUUUUUCUCAUGACAGAUGAUAUUUGUGAUGCUUUAGAACUUGAUAUCGAUUGCAAAGAAUUAAAUGAUUUAAAAGAAGAAUUAUGUUUCAAAUUAAAAGAUGGGAGUUUUAUAGUGAGACCUGGUAUUAAAAAUAGUUUUGGUUGUUUAAAAACAGUCAUGAUGAAAUUAACAGAAGAUAAACUUAAAGAACAAUCAAAACGAAAAAAUCCAUCAACUACAACACGUACAGAUUUAGUAUCAGCCACAAUAAAUCCAUUAACGACAACAUCUUCAAAUUUAACAUCCACUACAACAAAUACAUCAACUGAAAUAAAUGUAGUAGAGCCAUUACCACCAUCUACAUCACAACUUUCAAUUGAUGAUCAUAAACAAUAUCUAUUGAAUUUGUUAAAGCAAUGGUUUCUUCAUCAAAAAGAAAAUUUAAAAUUAGAUAAAUUAGAUUUUACAGACGGCAUUGAUUUCCAUCUGAAUGUAUUAAAUAACAAUAAUAAUAUAAAUGCAACAAUAGUAUGCAAUUGCGGAAUAUUAAUAAAAUUACCUAGCAAAGAUGGAAAAAUUCAGUUGUCUAAUUAUUAUAAACAUUUGCGGGAUUCUAAAUGUUUACAUAUGAAGGAGAAAAGAAAAAAAAACAAACAAAUAACACCAUCUUCGUCAGAAAAAGGAUCAACAGAACAAACUGUUACAAAUUCAGUAACACCAACACCACAAGCGCCAUCAGACACCUCAUUAUUACAGUCAACAAUAACUUUAAGUCCAAAACGUAAAUCAACAGCAUCACAAAUGUCGCUCUCGGUUAUGAAAAGACGCAAAUACAUGCAAUAAAAGUUCUGUUUUAUUAAAGUUUUGCUUUUUUUUUUAUCAAUAAUUGAUUAUUUUGAUUCAUUUAGUAUGUCGCAUUUUAUAUUACCUGUUUUAUUAUUAUGCACAGAUAUUGUUAUUUUUUAUGAAUAGUAGUAUUUAUUUCUUUUGUAUAUUCAACAUUGCUCUUUUAUUCUCAUCAUAGUUGAAAUAAGUACCAGUUCCCAGUCUUCGUAUAUGUUUUUUUCAGUUCUGUUCGUUAUUUCGAGCAAGAGAAAUAAACUGACGUUUUUUCUCUUUGAACAUUCUAGUGCAAAAAGAACUAAAAGUGAAAAGGGAACUGGUACUUCGUCUUCUACUGUGAAUUUUACUUUUAUUACUUAUUUAUUAGAUUUUUUUAAUGAAAAUAUAUUUUAUAAAAGAGGAACUG